UUGGGAAAGUAUUUUGAAGUCCUUCUGAACAUAUUUUUCUGAGAGGUCUACUGCCGAAAUGAAUUUUACAGACCCUCAUUCCACAGAUUACCCCUAUUAUUCAGACUAUGCUUCUCAGAUCACACAACCUUGUUCUAAGCUGGAAGUCAGGAACUUCACAAAAGCAUUUCUGCCAGUUGCAUAUUCAUUGAUUUGUAUCAUUGGCCUCUUUGGUAACAUUUUUGUGGUGAUGACCUUUGCUUUAUAUGAAAGAACCAAGUCCAUGACAGAUGUGUACCUCUUCAACAUGGCCAUAGCAGACAUACUGUUUGUUCUUACUCUUCCACUGUGGGCAGUGAAUUAUGCUGCUGAUGAAUGGAUUUUUGGUGAUUUCAUUUGCAAAAUGACCAGAGGUAUAUAUGCAAUCAACUUCAGCUGUGGCAUGCUGCUUUUGGCCUUUAUCAGCGUGGACCGGUACAUUGCUAUCGUACAGGCAACAAAGUCUUUUAAAAUCAGGGCAAGGACUCUUGCACAUAGCAAGCUCAUUUGUUUGGCUGUGUGGGUAUCAUCAAUUUUAAUCUCUAGUUCCUCUUUUAUGUACAGUGGAAGUUACAGCUUCUCUAUAAAUGAAACCAAAGAGCUUUGUGAUCACAGAUUUGACGGAAUGUCUGAAAGCACAAUGCUGAAAUCACUGCUGCUGUGGCUACAAGUUGGAUUUGGAUUUUUUAUUCCUUUCAUAUUCAUGAUUUUUUGCUAUACCUUCAUUGUCAAAUCCUUACAACAAGCUCAGAAUUCCAAAAGAAACAAAGCAAUCCGCGUGAUUGUAUUAAUUGUAGCUGUUUUCCUAGUUUGCCAGGUACCUUAUAACAUUGUUCUUCUCAUCAUAGCUGUCAACAUGGGCAAGAUAGACAAGUCUUGUGAGAGUGACAAGAUAAUGGCUUAUGCAAGAUACACCACUGAAGCCAUAGCAUUUUUACACUGUUGUGUGAACCCUGUGCUCUAUGCAUUUAUUGGAGUGAAGUUCAGAAGUUAUUUUGUCAAGCUAAUGAAGGACCUAUGGUGCAAGAGAUACAAGAAAGACRGUAAACAUAGUUCAAGGACAAACUCCGAUAUUUAUCAUUCAAGGCAGACUAGUGAAAUUCUGACUGACAAUGGAUCAUCCUUUACUAUAUAAUACAAUUCAAACAAGAUUAUUACUGAAGGACUCUUUUUACUAAGCAACCCAAACCAAUGUCACUGUGCAUGUGACAGCAAGUCAUUUGAGCUUCUCUGUGCCUCUAAGGGAACUCCAAAGAYUCAAAACUCUUUUCAGGAAAUGAAUUAAGAUAAAGGAAUAGUACUGUUCUGUGUAAAACUAAAACCUUAUUCACUUCUCUUAAUACUCUUCUAAAGUACUUUCUCUUGGAAUUAUAAGGAAAGGGAAGUUUACAGAGGAACCCCCCUCCUUUUUUAAGGAAAAAUUGCAUCUCAUCUGUCCUACAACACUGAAAUAUCUCCAAAAUAAUAAGUAAAUGAAUAAGGUUAUGUCCAGGCUCAUUUUUACAAUUAUGUUUUUCCUGUUAAUUACUUCUACUUGGAAAUCCUAUUUAAGUGUAGGUCUCUACUGUACUUAUAUUGCAUGAAGGUCACGUUAUGACAAUACUAAUCCAAAGAGAUGGCAUUUUGAGCAAAGGCACGACAAGGAAUGCAAACUGAAAAAUGAAGAAAAAGACUCAGGAUUGCUGACAUAUCUGAGCUUAGGUGCUUGGUCUUGUAAAUCUUUGCCCAGGGCUAUUUUGAACUGAGAAUGAAGCUUUGCUCUAGAGUUUCUUUUUGUUUGAUGCAGGAUUCAGGUGCUGGAAUUCAACAAAGCUGAUAAUUUGAUGAAUGUCUGUUUGGGAGAAGUUGUCUCUUUCUAGCUGAAAUUCACACUUUUUAAAGGCAACGAAGUGUCUGAAACUGCAAUUACUCCAACACAUUUUGUUGGAACUUGACUGGUGACAAAAUAUGAAGCAUUUUUUUAUAUUUAACUACUGCUGGCAAAGUUUCUGUAUGAAUGGAUUUACUAGCUCAAAUAUGCACAGAUAUAGUUUCAAAACUCAGCAAGAAAGUAUUAUUUUAAAAAAUAGCAGAAUAUUACUUAAUUGAGACAGAAUUUUUACUGAGUCAGUACUUCACUCACUAUGAAUAUAGGAAUAUUUAUAAUAAGUGCAAUUAGUUUUACCCAGCCAUGACUCUUCAGCAAAUCCUCAGAGGAUCUUCUGCUCAUUGAGUGAUCUUCACCACUGUAGCAGUCACUGUGGGACAGUAAGACAAACAGAAGCAGGAGCUGAAGAUCACAGGAAGGACGGAGGAGAGAAGACGAGUGUCAGUGUUUGCAGUGUGCUGAAGUACCUACCAUUUCUCUGCAGUUCCACAGUGAUGGGAGUGUAUGCCAUGACAAUGCCUGGAUUUGUUGUUGUGUGGGACGUUGCAUUCCUUCGGCUGUGAAAAUCACCACAAUUUCCAGCUUGCUUCUUACCUUGGUUGUUUUUUUUUUAAGUUCAUGGUUGAAGAGAUG